CUAGACGCUAAAACCCUCUUAUAGAAACCCUCGCGUUCGUGUUUGUCUCCCUCUUUCUCCUCACACUCUCUCUGCGGACGCAUUUUCACAGGGGAAAAUAUGGCUUUGCCUAAUCAGCAGACUGUUGACUACCCAAGUUUCAAGCUUGUAAUCGUCGGGGAUGGUGGAACAGGGAAAACAACAUUUGUUAAAAGACAUCUUACAGGCGAGUUUGAGAAAAAAUAUGAACCAACCAUUGGUGUGGAAGUUCAUCCGCUGGAUUUCUUCACAAACUGUGGUAAGAUUAGAUUCUAUUGCUGGGACACUGCUGGGCAGGAGAAGUUUGGUGGUCUUAGAGAUGGAUAUUACAUCCAUGGGCAAUGUGCCAUUAUCAUGUUUGAUGUUACUGCUCGCUUGACAUACAAGAAUGUUCCAACAUGGCACCGUGAUCUUUGCCGGGUUUGUGAAAAUAUCCCCAUUGUGCUUUGUGGGAACAAGGUUGAUGUCAAGAACAGGCAGGUGAAGGCAAAGCAGGUUACUUUCCACCGGAAGAAGAAUUUGCAGUAUUAUGAGAUAUCAGCUAAGAGCAAUUAUAAUUUUGAGAAGCCUUUUCUCUACCUCGCCAGGAAACUUGCUGGGGAUCCUAAUUUGCAUUUUGUCGAGUCUCCUGCUCUAGCUCCUCCGGAAGUUCACAUCGACUUGGCUGCACAGCAACAGCAUGAGGCUGAACUUGCUGCAGCUGCUAGUCAACCCCUUCCAGAUGACGAUGAUGAUGCGUUUGAAUAGAUGGAGGGUUGUUCCCUGUUGUCCAAUGUCUUCCCAAUUUUUCUCCCAUACAUUUAGGACUUGGUAGUUUUUUUCCCCUUUUUUUGGGCUUUUUUUGUUUCUCCCUAUAUUUUUCUCUUGUGGUGAGAUUUGAGGCGGGUGGGGUUUUUUCAUUUUUGGUUUGGUACUGUGAGAUUUACGCUGGUGUUUUGUGUAUGACAAAGAUUACAUAUUUGAAAUUAUGUGGACUUGCGACUGCCCCUUUUCCUUUCUAUAUAUAUCUUCGCA